ACACGAUGCAAACACUGUAGAAUAUUCAGCGAAUACUGACGGAGAAGUAGCUUUGUGGAGAAGUAAGACUGUUCAUUGUAUGUGUUUCUUUCUCUGUCCGUGGAGUGUAGAAUCAGUCUGGUCUGUUUGUGGUUCUGUUGCUCUGAUUGCCUUAAAGAGAGGCAAUUAUUCACCUGGCAACACCGACACACACAAGCCUGAUUCUGCUGUUGCGUCCAGGCUCAUUUUCCCAAACACACGAGCAGAAUAGAGUUUCUCACAACAAAGAUGCUCCCUGGUGGUUCAGGACUUCUUUUUUAAAACUGGUUCGUCUUUGGACAGAAACUAGAUCACAUGCUGACAAACAUGUUGUCUGGACUGUUUGAUCUCUUGGUACAAACCACAAGGAAAAACUGUACUAAAGGUCAGAGGUCAUCUGAGACUGCAGCACACACCAGACUGUUUGAGUCUGUCCAAUAUGUUUUUAUGACAAUGUACCUGCAAAUGUUAGCAUGUUAACUCUGACAUGGUGAACAUGGUAAACAUUAGCAUUAGCAUGUUAGUAUUGUCAUGGUGAGCACGUUAGCAUGUUGGUGUUAGCAUGUAAGAAAGAAAACUGCUGACACGGAACGAUAAUCGUGUGUGUGUGUGAGGAGGGAAGCCUGUUUUUUGCCAAGGGCGGGGCUGGCAAAGCUUAUCUGGGCCACACACACAGACACACACACACAAACACAAACACAAACCUAAUACUUCCCACAACCUGGACCCAAGUCUUCAUCCUAAAGUUUAAUUAUCGACACUAAUGGGACCAACUUUUUUGUUCUUAUAAGGACUUUGAGCCCCCCCAACACACACACACACACACACACACACACACACACACACACACACACACACACACACACACACAGGAUGUUUGCUAAUUUUCCACUUCAGCCUCACUCAGGUCUUCAAUGUAAAAUUAAUUAACUCUGUGUGUGUGUGUUCAUGUUUCCUAGCAGGUGGGCGUGUCCGGGAGAAAGUCCUUUCUCUUCCACCUGAGUGAUCACGCAUGCGCAGGCUGCCUGGGGUCCCCACCUCUCCCUCUUUCCCUCCCUCUCACGCGCGCACUCGCACGCACCCGCAGCCGGUGUUAGCGUGUUGGUCGGUUACACGGCGCGCGCUGCCUGUGGAUGCGAGCCGGAGUCAAACGGGAUCAGUAAAUCUUGUUUUCCUGUGAAUUUGGUGAUUUUUUAAACGGGAGUUUUGCACCGGAACGUCCGCGUCGCUGGGAUCGAUCACUCCGAGUCACUGGAGAAACUUCAGCCCUGAAAUGACGACUGCAGCAUUUUGGAAAAAAGCAUUGAGAUGACUGACGGCGUGGAGCAGUGGGUUACUCAGGUUCCUCUGCCUCCAACACACCUGGCGACUGCUGACUCAUCUGAAACCUGCUGCAGGUGGCAGAUUUGUGAGCUGUGGUCAGAUGUGGUGGAGAUGAAUAGGCAGGAAAAAGCAGCCUCCGAUGUUCCUAAGGCGAUGACCCAUCUUCAUCAUCAUCACUACCCCCCUCGCCAUGGUCAGCCAUCCCAACCGUGACCGACCUGUCCCGUCCAAUCAGCCGUGGGAAUGUACGUGAUGGACAGCGUCUCCCCAGCCAAUGAUCUGUCUCCUCCGUUGAGAUUUUCCGAUAUCGAAGGAAACCGGACGAAACCACCUCCCCCUACCCUUGUUCCCCCUCCCCCUCCUCCCCUUCUCCCUCCUCCCCCUCCUCCUCCCAUACCGCCCCUGCUUCCAGGGCUGGGGGACCCCGCAGGAGGAGGCCUGAGGAAGAAGAAGAGGGUGAGGAGUUUCUUCUGGAAAACGAUACCAGAGGAGCAGGUGAAGGGCCGGGCCAACCUGUGGACUCAGGGCCGAGUGCAGCAGCAGUACCAGAUCGAUGUCCAGACCAUCGAGGAGCUGUUUGGUCAGAGUGAUGGUCAAUCAAACGCCAAGGCCACGCCCACGCCCACCAGGGGAGGGAGGAGCAGGAGCUCAUUCAGAGAAUCCAAAGAGGAGGUCUCCAUCCUGGACUCUAAGCGAGGGAUGAACAUUGGGAUUUUCCUCAAACAGUUCAAGAGGUCCAAUCAGACGAUAGUAGACGAUAUUCGCCAUGGCAACAGUGAGCCCUAUGGGGCGGAGCCUCUGAGGGAGCUGCUGAAACUGCUGCCGGAGACAGAGGAGGUAAAGAAUCUUAAGUCGUACCGCGGUGACACCUCGAAGCUCUCGCUGGCCGAUUCCUUCGUGUACCUGCUGGUUCAGCUCCCCAGUUACUCCGUCCGUAUUGAGUCCAUGCUGCUGAAGGAGGAGUUUCCUGAGGCGUGCGAGGCCAUGAAGCGAGACAUCAGGGUCCUUCGUUCUGCCGUCACAGAGCUGAUGCGUUGUGAGGAGCUCCAUGCUGUUCUCCACCUGGUGCUGCAGGCCGGAAACAUCCUCAACGCCGGAGGUUACGCAGGAAACGCAGUGGGCUUCAAGCUGUCGUCCCUCCUGUCUCUGGCCGACACCAAGGCCAACAAACCGGGCAUGAACCUGCUGCACUUCGUUGCUCUGGAAGCCCAGAAAAAAGACGGGAGGCUGUUGGAGUUUCCGGCGAAGCUGAGUCACGUCCAGGCUGCAGCCAGAAUCUCUAUAGAAACGCUGGACACUGACCUGCAGUGGCUGAUGACUCGCACACGCUCAGUAGAGGAGAGCGUCCAGAGAGACACGGAGCUGCUGCAGCAGCUGGACAGCUUCCUGCAGUCUGCAACUUCGUCCCUGUGCUCGCUGCGUGGAAGUCGGCAGCACCUGAGGAAGGAAGGCAGCGAGCUGAUUGACUUCUUCUGCGAGGACAGGGAGACGUUCAGACUGGACGACUGCUUCAGCAUCUUUCACACCUUCUGCUCCAGGUUCACUGACGCUGUCAAGGAGAACAUGGAGAGGGAGGCUAAGGAGGCGGCCCGUCGGCGGCGUUUACAGGAGCUGGAGGAGCAGAAGAGGCACUCCUGGGCGGGGGGUGAGGAGGUGAGUGGGGGCUUCAGGUUGCGCUGCAGCAGCGAGGCGGACAUGUCAGCUGCCAUGUCACGACAGGACGACGCUGGGCUGCUGAUGGAGCUCCUGACCCCGAAGUCCCGCCCACGCUCACCCCUCAGUAACUCCCAGGGCGUUCUGGGGCGCUCGGGGAGUUUACGACGUUCCCGGAAUUCUCCAUCCAGCUCGCCGUCCAUUGUUGCUGAGCGUGAACUGAGCACGCUCCUAGAAAUGGCAACCCCUGACCACAAAGUGACCCAGCAGAGAGGAGGAGAGGACAGGACAGCUUUCCGAUCAGCCUCACCUAAACCUGGGCUUAGAAGUCCAGGACUUUCCCCUCAGGCUCUGCCCCAAAGUCCAAGGGUCACGACAUGCAGCUUCCCUCAAAACCAGCAGCCUCAAGCGGGUGUGAUGGCACCACAGACCUCCUUGUCACCUCCCAAGACUUCUUGGAGUCCAAAAACUACAAAUGCACACCAUACAACCUCCACUUACCUCAGCUACGAUGCUCCCCAGACUCCGGUGGAUGCCAUUAAUUCCACAAAGAAAGUUACAGUGAAACCUACCUCUGAUGCGAACCAGCAAUCGGACUACAACAACAACGGCAAAGAUCAACCUGGCCUGGGUUUUAGCAGCCACGUGGUGCUUCCAGACCAUCGAACUCAGUCUGGUUUCAAGGGGGAACCAACAAGAAUGAACAAAGGUGAUCAGGACUUUAGAGGACAAAUCACCUGCAGUGAUGAGAGGUUCGAGUACAGCACUACAAGGAACAUGUCUGUGGUUUUAGAGACGUGCACACUGGUGCCCGAGCUGAAAGUGUUCGACGAGGUCACCACCUUAACCGGCCGCAAUGAAGGGCAUCACACUAGUCACCUCUUUGGACGUCAGCAGGACGAUAUGGUAAUCACAGAUUUGGAGGAAGAGGGAGUGGACAAAACUCGGGUCCAGAAGCCGCAGAAAAAGUCCCAGGUAGAGAAUGCAGAAAAUUCACAAAUUUCUGAGACAAGCUCUUCACAAAGAGACGAAGGGGAGGGACAUGAGGAAAAGGUGGUUGUAUGGUGUGUGACAGGUGUGUGUGAGGCAGCCGGCGAACUCUCACACACUGAUGACACACAUGGACAAACUGAGAAAAAUCAGUGUCGGAGUGACAAUCAGGGAGGAAACCAGCAAGCUUCCUCUGCCCCAGCCAAUCACCCGCCAUCAGAACCUCAGUCAGCCAAUGAGAAGCCAGUGCCUGAACCCAUCAGCAGCCAACCAGUGCCUGUCUCCCGCUGUGACGACCCGUCACUUCAAGUCUCUUCCCCCAGGUGGCGCCCUGCAGAGCCUGCAUCAGCCAAUGAAGCGCCUGCUCUCACCACAGAUGCCUCUGAGGAAGGUAAGGAAUCAGCCAAUCACGGGGAAGGAGAAGAGACCUCCACCAAUGAAACAAGAGAUGUGGUCUAUGUUCCAGAAGAGUCAACUGGCAGAAAUAAUUCUGCUUCUUCUCACACAAACAAUGAAAAUACAGAACCAGCUUCCACCAAUGGGAAACCAGAACCGGCAACUUCGUCCAAACCGUCCACCAAGGACACCCCUACCUCAAAAACUCGGCCGGCUGGGAUGAAACCCAGUGCAACCCAAAACACCACCUCCACCACCAACAAGUCCAAACCUGUCCGCACCCUCACCAACUCCGAGAACCAGGGCAUGAGGCGGGUUGUGCCCAUCUCCCGAACCAGCCGAGGUACUUCCUCCGCAGGUAGUCGUCCUGAGAAGCCUCCGGGCCAAAAGCGGGGGCCCUCCAGCACUGCAGCACUCACCAGUCUGACCGUGUCCAACCUCAACAGCACGUCCCUCCGACGAGGAGAGAGGCCUUCCACUGCUCCUUCCUCCCGUCGGUCCAGUAUCCACAAGACACAGGACCCCAAGGAUUUGAAAGACCAGAAGGUUUCAGGUACUCAGGCAUCUGCCCGAGAGCAGAACCAGGAUUUGCAAAGGAAGCCAUCCAUCCGAAAACCUUUAACAAAACCCAAAAUCCAGCAGGAGGAGAAGAUGUGUCGCUCCACACUGCGAGCUCUCAGUCAGGCUGGAGAGGGAGGUGGAGGAGGGGGAAGCAUCAGUGCCCCUGUCACCCCUUUGCACAAAGGCAGCAGCCCUUCAUCAUCACAACUUCCAGGUUUCGCCCGAAACACCGCCUCUUCUUCUUUCAGACGGACACACGCCACUCUUGCUCCUCCUGCUCCUUCUCAUUCAUCCCACCCUGACUCCUCCCAUAAAUCCUCCGUCGUCCCACCUGACCCCUCCUCACCUUUCACCCGAACGGGCUCACUGAGAGUCUCCACCACCUCCAAAUCUUCAGACCCGUCCUCUUCCUCCCCACUGAGGAGGUCUCAGAGCAUCAGGGGAUCUCCUCGCUCACCCCUCCACGACUCGCUGACUCCUCCCAAAGGCCACCGGCGGAACGACAGCGGCAGCUUCUCUGACAAGUCAACUCACUCUAGGGACUCAGUCAAGGCCACCAGGCCCAGCUGGAGAUAACAGGAGAAAUAUGAGGCUGCAUUCCAAUAUGAAGUCUGGGCAAUAUCUUCCUUCUUUACUGGAGGCAGAAAGGAAACCAGUCGACACAUUCCAAUAUGAAUUAUAGGCUCUCCAGUCCAAUAUGAAGCACAAACACUGCUUCCUAUUCUCUGAGAUUGAAAUGCUUCGUUCAAAUAUGAAGAUUCAUUUCAUUUGUCUCCUGCUGGUUGUGAAGUGCAGUUUAUUUGUAGGCACUACAUCACGUUCACUCUGUCCACUCUGAGAUGAAGAAAAGAUUGUCCCCAGGGCGUCCUUUUAAACACUGCUGAUCUAAUUGUGAAUGCAUUCCAUUAUGAAAUAUAUUAGGGGGCCUGGUCACAACAGAAAGAGGCUCAGCAAAGUUCGUCCAUGCUGACGCACUGCCCAGCUGGGAACCUGCUAGCACUGGUCAGUCACAGUAGCUGUUGCAACUUCUUUUUAUUUUGUCACUUCAUUCUCAGGGUUGUCGAUAGUUUCAUUCAAAAAAGAGACAAGCUUUGUUCUAAUGUCCCACAGUGAAAUAGACUGACCUCCCUAUUCUGGAUCUCAGCGACAGUUUUCCCUCACAUGGCAAAGCGACAAUCUUGGCAAAGUUUUCAUAAUUAUUUUGUUUUCCUGAGCAAAUAAAGCACCUGCAAGCAGGUGUAACAUGGUCCAAGCAUGAAUCAUUACACAGUAGUUUGAAAGGGAAGGGAAUAAAUGUAUGCACCUACAAAUGUGUGAGACUUAAAAUAAAUACCCUGUCUUUUCUGCAGGGUUUAUGGUUGUUGACGUGACUGAAUCCCAGCUGGGUGUUUCCUGUCUUAUCCUGAUUAAACAACUUUAUUUUAUGUCUUAAAUUCCUUUUUGAUUCUGCAACUUUAACUUCACUAACCAAGCUGAGGAAUCUCUGUACAUCUGGCCUGAUUGAGACCGAAAUGAUGUUAUCAUUAUAAUUACUAUUGAAUUUAAAAAAAAAAUUAAAAAUGCUAAAUCAUUGAGAAUCAUGUAGUUUGAAAAAAAAAAAAAGUGAUUAGUUUAGACGAGGAGAUGUUUAAAGUAUCUCUGAUUCAAACCAACAGUGUCUGACUCACUGGGAAAAGUCUGCAGUGCCAAGUUUGUUAAUAUGAAGAUAUUUGUAUGUUUAUCUAUUUAUGUACGUAUGUAUGUAGUUAAUAUUUGAUAUAUGUAAUAUCUCUACUUAUUAAUAAAGUACUAUCCCUCCAA